GAGCGACAGCGGUGGCGGAGGAGCCGGGGGCGCCUCGGAGGAGGCGGAGGCGGAGGGCAUGGACUCGGGCGGCAGGAAUUCCUCUGGCGCUCCGAACAGCACCCUGAGUGAGUCUCAGGGCAGCGCCAUCCUCAUCUCAUUCAUCUACUCCGUGGUGUGCCUGGUGGGGCUGUGCGGCAACUCCAUGGUCAUCUACGUGAUCCUACGUUAUGCCAAGAUGAAGACAGCCACCAACAUCUACAUCCUCAACCUGGCCAUCGCGGACGAGCUGCUGAUGCUCAGCGUCCCCUUUCUGGUUACCUCCACGCUGCUGCACCACUGGCCCUUUGGCUCCCUGCUCUGCCGCCUGGUGCUCAGUGUGGAUGCCAUCAACAUGUUCACCAGCAUCUACUGCCUGACCGUGCUCAGUGUGGACCGCUACAUCGCUGUGGUGCACCCCAUCAAGGCGGCAAGGUACCGCCGGCCCACCGUGGCUAAGAUGGUCAAUCUGGGUGUCUGGGUGCUUUCCAUCCUCAUCAUCCUGCCCAUCAUCAUCUUCUCCAACACAGCAGCCAACAGUGAUGGAACAGUGGCUUGCAACAUGCUCAUGCCAGAGCCCACCCAGAGAUGGCUGGUGGUCUUUGUGGUCUACACCUUUCUGAUGGGCUUCUUGCUGCCUGUUGUGGCCAUCUGCCUCUGCUACAUCCUCAUCAUUGCUAAGAUGCGCAUGGUGGCCCUGAAGGCCGGCUGGCAGCAACGCAAACGCUCAGAGCGAAAGAUCACCCUCAUGGUCAUGAUGGUGGUGAUGGUCUUUGUCAUCUGCUGGAUGCCCUUCUACAUCGUGCAGCUGGUCAAUGUCUUUGUAGAGCAGGAUGAUGCCACCAUCAGCCAGCUCUCUGUCAUCUUGGGCUAUGCCAACAGCUGUGCCAACCCUAUCCUCUAUGGUUUUCUCUCAGACAAUUUCAAGCGGUCCUUCCAGCGGCUGCUCUGCCUCAGCUGGAUGGACAAUGCUGCAGAGGAACCCAUCGACUACUAUGCCACUGCCCUCAAGAGCAGGGCAUACAGCGUGGAGGACUUUCCCCCAGACAACUUGGAGUCAGGGAGCAUGUACAGGAAUGGCACUUGCACCUCCAGGAUUACCACCCUCUGAGGAAGCAUUCCUGUCCCCCAGCUCCCUUACUGCCCCCCAGCUGGAGGGUGAGCGAAGCCAGGGCUGUGGCAUGGGGAGGCUGGGAGGGAGGGGAUUUUGGUCCUGCCCACCACCAGCAGUGUUUGGCACAAGAAAGAGCAAAGAAAACCCCACAUCCUUUAUUUGCUGCCCCUUGCACCCUGGUUGCCCCCCUUGAGAGUGGGUGCAUUCUCUGACAUCACUUAGUGAAUUGAGUCUCUCAUGGGUUAGCUUAGGGUCUGGUAGCCUGGCUCUGCCACACCUCUCUGUGUCUGACAAGUGGCUGUAAAGGUCCUGCAGUGACUCUCCCUCCAUCUUUUGUACAGUUUGCCCUUCCCCUUGGCUAGUGAGACACCCCAGGCCACUGAGUUGUGCCUGCCUCAGUCAAACCCCAGCAUUCAGGCUCAGACUCCCC